UGCACUAGACGACUGCCCUCUACUUACCACGAGUGUUUUUACUGUGCGUGACAUAGAACAUCGUUCAGCAUCGCUCUGCUGUACCGUUCCAGAUUCCAGCACACACCUGCCUGCAUUGCUGCUCCCUCUCUGCCCUGCGUUCUGGCGUUGUCCACAUACAUUCUUUUAUUUAUUAUUGUCUUGUAUCUGGUGGAUUGAGACUUCUCGAUAAUUGGAGUUGGUAUUUAACGCCAGCUGAAGAUGGCUCAGGUGUGCGCCGGCACAGAUAUGGAGCAGCCUUUUGUGAAGCCUCUCUUUUGUCGAAAAGGAGCUCUCAGACAGAAAUUAGUCCAUGAAGUCAAGAGUCACAAGUUCACUGCUAGAUUCUUCAAGCAACCCACCUUCUGCAGCCACUGCACUGACUUUAUUUGGGGAAUUGGAAAACAAGGAUUCCAGUGCCAGGUUUGCAGCUUUGUAGUUCACAAACGUUGCCAUGAAUUCGUCACCUUUGAAUGUCCUGGUGCUGGUAAAGGUCCACAUUCAGAUGAUCCACGUAGCCGGCACAAAUUCAAAGUCCACAGCUACAGCUCUCCCACAUUCUGUGACCAUUGCGGUUCCCUUCUUUAUGGAUUGGUACAUCAGGGAAUGAAAUGUGCUUGCUGUGAGAUGAAUGUACAUAAGCGUUGUGUCCAGAGUGUACCCAGCCUCUGUGGCGUGGAUCACACUGAGCGCCGGGGUAGGAUGCGCAUCCGCCUGGAAGCAAUAAAUGAUGAAGAGUUCCAGGUCACGGUUGGUGAAGCUCGAAACCUCAUCCCAAUGGACCCAAAUGGUUUGUCAGACCCUUACGUAAAACUGAAGCUAAUACCAGACCCAAAGAAUCUGACUAAACAGAAAACAAGGACUGUCAAGUCUACUCUUAAUCCAAUCUGGAACGAGGCCUUUCUAUUCUCUCUAAAGCAAGGAGAUGGGGACAGACGGCUCUCUGUAGAAGUUUGGGACUGGGAUCGUACCUCACGAAAUGACUUCAUGGGCUCCAUGUCAUUUGGAGUGUCAGAAAUAAUGAAAAAUGCUGUGGAUGGCUGGUACAAGUUACUGAAUCAAGAGGAAGGAGAGUAUUACAAUGUCCCUGUGGCUGAUGAUGCAGAUGACUUUGGACUUCGUCAAAAGUUUGAGGCAUGCAAUUUCCCACUUGAACUUUAUGAGAAAGUAAGACGAGGACCUGUUCCAAGUCCAAGUCCCACAGAUUCUAAACGAGUUAGCUUUUUUGGUACCAGCCGCUUCCACAUCUCUGAUUUUAAUUUCCUCAUGGUGCUCGGCAAAGGAAGCUUUGGAAAGGUGAUGCUGGCUGAGAGACGUGGAUCGGAUGAACUUUAUGCCAUCAAGAUUCUUAAGAAGGACGUGAUCAUCCAAGAUGAUGAUGUGGAAUGCACCAUGGUGGAGAAAAGGGUAUUGGCAUUGUCCGAUCGGCCUCACUUCCUUACUCAGCUUCACUCAACCUUCCAGACAGUGGAUCGUCUGUAUUUUGUUAUGGAGUAUGUGAAUGGGGGUGAUCUCAUGUACCACAUCCAACAGCUCGGAAAGUUCAAGGAGCCGCAUGCUAUGUUCUAUGCUGCUGAGAUUGCCAUAGGACUCUUCUUUCUCCACAAUAAAGGGAUUAUUUACAGGGACUUAAAGCUGGACAAUGUCAUGCUGGAUGCGGAAGGACACAUUAAAAUAACUGAUUUUGGCAUGUGCAAAGAAAACAUAUUCAGUGGGUCUACCACACGCACAUUCUGUGGGACGCCAGACUACAUAGCCCCAGAGAUUAUAGCUUACCAGCCUUAUGGAAAGUCAGUGGACUGGUGGUCAUAUGGGGUCCUGUUGUAUGAAAUGCUGGCUGGGCAGCCGCCAUUUGACGGUGAAGAUGAAGAUGAAUUAUUCCAGUCCAUCAUGGAACAGACUGUAUCAUAUCCCAAAUCACUUUCUAGGGAAGCCGUCUCUAUCUGCAAGGGGUUACUUACAAAACACCCACUGAAACGCCUUGGUUCAGGCUGCGAUGGAGAACGCGAUAUACGAGACCAUGCCUUUUUCCGUUGGAUCGACUGGGAACGUUUAGAGCGCCUGGAAAUUCAGCCUCCCUUUAAACCGCGGCCUUGUGGAAAGAGUGGUGAAAACUUUGACAAGUUCUUUACCCGGGCUCCUCCAGUACUUACUCCUCCAGACCAAAUGGUCUUAGCUGGUAUUGACCAGAGUGAAUUUGCCGGAUUCACCUUCAUCAAUCCAGAGUUUGUCCAUUCAAAUCCACACAGCCCAGUGCCCAUAUCCCUGGUGUGA